UUGCCCAAGAUGUCCGUAGAGGGCUCCUGGUCUCUCGUGGAGCCGAAGGUGAGCUUUCCAGGGUGGAUUUGACUCUCGGGUGAGGGUGGCCGCAGCUUUUGCUCCGGCCCUGCCGAAUGCGGGACCUUCCGGCAGCAGCGAGUCGUCGCCAAGUUCAAGGUGUCAUGUUAGGUUGACACAGGUGAACUCAGGCGGAGGUGGCCCGGGGGCUGGAGACUCUUCCGAGAACCCCCACCCUCCCCGGUCCCUGGAGCAGCAACGGCCGCGGAGGCCGGACCUCUCCAAGUUCAAGGUUGACUCAGUGAAACUCGGGCGGGGGCGAGUCCUCAGAGGACCCCGCCCCAGCAUCAGCCUCCGAGGAAGCGAGGCAUUGCCAGAUUCAAGGCUGAAUCGGUCAAGUCGGGCACAGGUGACCUGGAGGCUGGUGACUCUCCAGCCCCACCCCCCGCAAGCGGAACCCCUGGGAGCGGAGCACUUUCUGCCUCUUCCCUUGAAGAUAGCUUCCCAGCUUUCCCCGUCCUCGUUCCCAGGAGGACUUGGGUUCUAAUCUUGCCACUAGCAGCGCUACCUUGGGCAAAUCACUUCUCCUCAUUGGUCUUGUUUCCUCAUCUGUAAAAUGAGGGGGUUGGAUCGGAUCUCACAGCGCCCUUUUCCUCUCUGAAUCCGGACUCUGUGCUGUUGUCAGGGGGGGGCAGGGCACCAUGUAGAUGGGCUUUCUCCUAUUCCCAGGGCAAGCCACAGCAGAGGGACUAGCGGACAGGAGGGCAUCCACCCCAAAGUCGCCAGCCGAAAGGUACCAGUCACAAGUGAGCCAUGAAAAACGAAGUGUCACUGUCUGCCCUGGGACUCAGGGGUUCCGCGGGGUCACUGAGAAGCAGUGAGCCCGUGGGCUUGGCCCCACCCCCUUCUCUGCUCCAGAGCUUGCUGGAAGAGGCUGCUGACUACUUAGUGGUACACCGAGAUUUCAAGGCAUGCCUGGAGACAUGCCAAAGGGGCUGUGAAAGACUGGCCUCUUACUUGCAGGCAGAGGAGUAUGAGGACAGCAAGGACCUGAAGUGCUUCCUGUGUGUGGUGGGGAUCCAGGCCCUGGCGGAGAUGGAUCGAUGGCGAGAAGUUCUCUCUUGGCUUCUGCAGUAUUAUCAGGUCCCAGAACAUCUGCCCCCCAAAAUUCUGGAACUAUGCAUUCUUUUAUACAGCAAAGUCAAGGAACCCCAGGCGAUCCUGGAGGUGGCCAGCAAUUGGUUGAGAGACCCAGCCAAUCGAAACCUGCCAGAAUAUGGGGCCAUAUUUGAACUUCAUCUGUUUCGGGUGCUGUUGCCCUUGCACUGUUGGACAGAUGCAGAGGACAUGGCUGGGCUCUGUGCAGAAGAGGAGCAGCGACGGGCUGCUUCUCAGGCCAUCCACACAGCAAGGCAGCAGCAAGAGGAGAACCUGGAGGGGACUGAGGCACCAGACCCACAAAAGGAGAACCAGGGAGGCACAUUCUGCCGAAAGCUGCUGGCCUUGUGGAAGAUCCUACGCUGGUUGCUAGAGUCUGUGGUGGACCAUUUCCUUUCUCUACCCCUAAAGAAGACCCUCUUGAUUGCUUUGAUCCUCUGCCUCUUGGUGAUGAGAUUUGAUCCAGGGGAUAAAAUAAGGAUGAAGAAGAUGAGAAGGGAAAGAACCAUUCACAGAAAUCUCUUUGUGCCCUACCGCUUUGUCCUCUCACUGCCUUUCUUCUACAAGUUGGCUCACGUCUUCUAUCGCCUUCGAGGGACCAUCUUUUCUCCAUGCUACCUGGCGACUUACAAUUCGUGAUGGAGUGAACUUUGCAACACAUCUCACUUGUACCACUGUUGGCAGUGACACUGGCAGAAUGUCUUAUUGACUUCUACAUUCAUGUCUGGGUCUUCUGUUAUUUUAGGGCUAAUAAUUUGGGAAAGCUGGGUCUGGUCAGAUGGACUACAGCCUCCCCAGCAAAAAAUCCAGCUGAGGGAGGGGACAGGCCAAUCUGGACUAUGAUACUGCCCCCAACUCUUCCCUCUUUAUAGACUCUACCUUCUCUAGUCUCAUUGCUAUGAUUCUAGGUGAUAAGAAAGUGGUUAGGUGCAAUAAAGCCUAUCUGUCCUUCCUCUUUAGAGUAGCUCACUACCCAGAAUCCCUCUCAAAUGGGAUUGUUUUGGAAUGGUGACCAGGAGCUAUGGAAUAUUGUUGUAUCUGUCCAGAGGCAGGAUCAUUGAGAGGUAGGCUUGGUGACUAGAGACUGAGUCAUAUGGAAGGGAAGAAGGGGGGUGAUUUUACAGGUUAGAGCAUUUGACCUCAUUGAGACCUAAUCUUUUUUAUUUUGACUCUUUAUCUCAUGGAAGUAUUGGAAGCUUCUCUGAAAUUCAUUCUGUUAAUUAGCUUUAAUGAGACCUGAUGGGGAAAAACCCUUUUGUUUCUCAAGAGGUAUAAAAAAUUUGAAUCUGUACAUGGAUUCCAGAGCUCUUAGCAAAUUAGGGGCAGCUAGGUGCACAGUGGAUAGAGUGCUGGGCCCAGGAAUCACGAAGACCUAAGUACAAAAACUGGUUUCCAUCACUUACUAGCUGUGUGAUCCUAGGCAAGUCACUUAAUCUCUGUUUGCCUCAGUUUCCUCAUCAGUAAAAUGGGGCUGAUAAUAGUGCCUGCCCCCUCUCAGGGUUGUUGAAAGGAUCAAACUGGAUAAUAUUUGUAAGGUACUUAGUACAGUGCUUUUCAUAUAGUAAGUGCUGUGAAAAUGUUAGCUCUUAUUAGCUAACUAUUAUUCCAGAUCAGAUUUCAGUCUGACUGGACAAAUCAAGAACUAUAGGCUAGAAACUGAGCUUGUAACGACUGGUAAACUCAGGCAACUCACUAAAAAGAGAAGGCAGUUAGUUGUCUAUCUCAUCUUUUGUCAGAAUGCUCUGAACCUUCUUCUGCUUAAUUUUCAGGUUAUUGGGCAAUUGUCUAAGUCUGCUCCCUGAUACAUAGCAUCAUUUUCCUGCCCCAGUGUUUUCUGUCCUCUGAGACUGUUCAUGUGAUUCUCUUUUUCCUUACCUGUGGGGUGGGAUUGUUGGUUGUAUUUCUGGGAAGCAGCUGUUAAUCCCUAUGCAUAUCCUAAUAUUCCCGAUCACCAUCUCCAACUCCCUACUUCAAAAUUUCCCUUUUAUUUGAAUAACGCAUGGGGGUUUUUGUUUGUUUUUUCGUUUUUUUACUUGUGGCCUUGAGAAGUAGGGCCAACAGCAGGGACUAAUGGGCUAGAUAUGGAAUUAGGUAAUACGUGGAAGUGGAAAAAGAGACUUAGGCUUGAAAGAACUGUACAAUAAAAAUGUUUUUGUGGAAAGUACUAUGGAUCACCUUUGAGUAUAAUGAAUGUUGAAUCAGA